AGGGAUGGGCUGCGCUCCUAGUAUCCACGUCUCGCAGAGCGGUGUGAUCUACUGCCGGGACUCGGAGGAGUCCAACUCGCCCCGCCAGACCACCAGCGUGUCUCCGGGCCCCGCGGCCGCCCUGCACGGCCUCUUGGUCCAGACCGACGCCGCCGACGCCUUACCUCCGAGCCGGGUGUCCGGACCCCAGGGCGCCGCCCGCGUCCGCAGGGCCCGUGGCGAGCUGGGCAGCGGCAGCAGCGCGGGCUCAGCUGCCCGCGCGGCGACCACCUGCAGGGGCCGGAGGCGCCACUGCUGCAGCAGUGCGGAGGCCGAGACCCAGACCAGCUACACCAGCUUCAAGCAGGUUUCUUCGGCGGAGGUGCGCAUUGGGCCCAUGAGACUGACACAGGACCCUAUCCAGGUUUUGCUGAUCUUUGCAAAGGAAGAUAAUCAGAGCGAUGGAUUCUGGUGGGCCUGUGACAGAGCCGGUUAUAGAUGCAAUAUUGCACGGACUCCAGAGUCAGCCCUUGAAUGCUUUCUAGAUAAACAUCAUGAAAUUAUUGUAAUUGAUCACAGACAGACUCGAAACUUUGAUGCAGAAGCAGUGUGCAGGUCUAUCCGGGCCACAAACCCCUCCGAGCACACGGUGAUCCUUGCGGUCGUCUCACAAGUAUUGGGCGACCAUGAAGAGGCCUCAGUCCUCCCUCUUCUGAAUGCAGGCUUCAACAGGAGAUUUAUGGAGAAUAGCAGCAUAAUUGCUUGCUAUAAUGAAUUGAUUCAAAUAGAACAUGGGGAAGUUCGCUCACAGUUCAAAUUACGGGCCUGUAAUUCCGUGUUUACUGCAUUAGACCAUUGUCACGAAGCCAUAGAGAUAACGAGCGAUGACCAUGUGAUUCAGUACGUCAACCCGGCCUUCGAGAGGAUGAUGGGCUACCAUAAAGGCGAGCUUCUGGGCAAAGAACUGGCCGAACUGCCCAAGAGUGAUAAGAACCGAGCAGACCUCCUGGACACCAUCAACACGUGCAUCAAGAAGGGCAAGGAGUGGCAGGGGGUUUACUAUGCCAGACGGAAAUCCGGGGACAGCAUUCAACAGCACGUGAAGAUUACCCCAGUGAUUGGCCAAGGAGGGAAAAUUAGGCAUUUUGUCUCCCUCAAGAAACUGUGUUGUACCACUGACAAUAAUAAGCAGCUUCACAAAGUUCAUCGUGAUUCAGGGGACAAUUCUCAGACAGAGUCUCAUUCAUUCAGAUACAAGAACAGGAGGAAAGAGUCUAUUGAUGUGAAAUCGAUAUCUUCUCGAGGCAGUGAUGCCCCCAGCCUGCAGAAUCGGCGCUACCCUUCCAUGGCAAGGAUCCAUUCCAUGACCAUCGAGGCUCCUAUCACAAAGGUCAUAAAUAUAAUCAAUGCUGCCCAGGAAAACAGUCCUGUCACGGUAGCAGAAGCCUUGGAUAGAGUUUUAGAAAUUUUACGGACCACAGAACUGUACUCCCCUCAGCUGGGUACCAAGGAUGAAGAUCCUCACACCAGUGACCUUGUUGGAGGCCUGAUGACUGACGGCUUGAGAAGGUUGUCAGGAAACGAGUAUGUAUUCACUAAGAAUGUGCACCAGAGUCACAGUCACCUUGCAAUGCCAAUAACCAUCAACGACGUCCCUCCGUGCAUUGCUCAACUACUCGAUAAUGAGGAAAGCUGGGAGUUCAACAUCUUUGAGUUGGAAGCUGUUACACAUAAAAGGCCACUGGUUUACCUGGGCUUAAAGGUCUUUUCCCGGUUUGGAGUAUGUGAAUUUUUACACUGUUCUGAAACUACUCUUCGGGCCUGGCUCCAAGUGAUUGAAGCCAACUAUCACUCCUCCAAUGCUUACCAUAACUCCACCCAUGCUGCUGAUGUCCUGCACGCCACUGCCUUCUUCCUCGGAAAGGAAAGAGUAAAGGGAAGCCUCGAUCAGCUGGAUGAGGUGGCAGCACUGAUUGCUGCCACAGUCCAUGACGUGGAUCACCCAGGAAGGACCAACUCGUUCCUGUGCAAUGCAGGCAGUGAACUCGCCGUGCUCUACAAUGACACUGCUGUCCUGGAGAGUCACCACACAGCCCUGGCCUUCCAGCUCACAGUCAAAGACAGCAAAUGCAACAUUUUCAAGAAUAUUGACAGGAACCAUUAUCGAACAUUGCGUCAGGCUAUCAUUGAUAUGGUUUUAGCAACAGAGAUGACAAAACACUUUGAACAUGUGAACAAAUUUGUGAACAGCAUCAAUAAGCCACUGGCAGCUGAGGUUGAGGGCAGCGAUUGUGAAUGCAACCCUGUUGGAAAGAACUUCCCUGAAAAUCAAAUCCUGAUCAAGCGCAUGAUGAUUAAGUGUGCUGAUGUGGCCAAUCCAUGCCGACCCCUGGACCUGUGCAUCGAAUGGGCUGGGAGGAUCUCUGAGGAGUAUUUUGCACAGACCGAUGAAGAGAAGAGACAGGGGCUGCCUGUGGUGAUGCCAGUGUUCGACCGGAACACCUGUAGCAUUCCCAAGUCCCAGAUCUCCUUCAUUGACUACUUCAUCACAGACAUGUUUGAUGCUUGGGAUGCCUUUGCACAUCUGCCAGCCUUGAUGCAACAUUUAGCAGAUAACUACAAACACUGGAAGACAUUAGAUGACUUAAAGUGCAAAAGCCUGAGGCUUCCAUCUGACAGCUAAAGGCAGAGAAGGGGACCUCUGAUCUACAAAGGACACUGAAUUAUAGUAGUAAAGAGGCUUUCCUUAAUCAUGAAAACAACAAAUAGGUUAAGCAGGUAAUAUUUGGUUUUUAAUCAUUCAAGUCCCUAAAUUUCAUUUUUGGAAAGUUAUGGUUUAUGAAAGUAAAAUGUAUUCUUUUAAUCUCUUAGUGACAAACACAUGGCAGACUCCUGUGCUCUGCUGUCCGUGUGUCCUUGUCAAACAAAACUUAAAAUGCUAUCCAAAAAGAUAAAAGCAGCAAAGAUUUGAUGUUAAUGAGACAUUGACCAAAUAGCUCUGCUAGUGUUCAGCUCAUUUCUUAUCCUAAAGUCACCCUUAUUGAGCUUGACUAUUUUUCUUAAAGCAUCAUCUGAAGGAUUUAUAAAAUGAGCAAAACUACUUUCAUAGCCUUGGCCACUCACUCUGUUGUAACAGGGAUUCAUCCUAAGAGAAAGAAACAUCUGGUUUUGGGGGAAUCCAUGAGCUUCCCUUAUUUCUGGUUGAAAGGGCAUUACAAGGCACUAUACUACAUAAAAGCCAUUAAAUCUGAAUGCCCUUGGACAAGCUUUUUAAAAAAAAAAUUUAUAUACAUUUGUUGUCAUGUUUCAACAUGACAAUUCCAUUUUUAUUAAAUUUGUAUUAAAUCAAUCUGAAUUUUUGGGGUAUAACCAUGGCAUGCCAUCUCUACUUAUACAUUUGAGGAGGGGAUGGGGAGAAAGUUCAGAUAUUUUUAACUGAUCUAUAUUUGAGAUCAUGCCAUUUUGCUUUAAAGAUGUAAAAAAAGAGCGCAAGACAUGUAAAUAUCAGGAAAACAAGCUAAUGAGAAAGCAGUAAAUACUAUUUUAAGCUAUUAAUGUAUGCUAAAAGCUUCUGAAGCACAAGUGCAUAUUUUUAUACAGCUGUUUUCACAACUUUCUGUGAGCUACAGUCAACCUGAGAUUUUCCUUUGUCUUUUACCAGUCGACCCUUCUCUAUAUAUGUAUUAUAACUAUUAGAAAAUCAGUAAAUGAAAUCUUUGUUUUGCUUUUAAAUUCUGUAUAUGCCAUACUGCAUUUUUAAGGGGUAUAGAGACUGACUUAACUGAACCAGUUUUUUUUGAAAAUCGGAAUGCAGGAUGCUUUGGAAGUAGUACACUGGAAGAAGAAAAAAAUACUUAUCACUAACAAUAAUGUGCCAAUUUUUUUCCUCUUUUGUACCAAAAAAAGGAAACAUGACAAGUACAUGCAAAGAAAUGUAUCUAAAUUAUUUUUCUUAGAUAAAAGAAUUUGCUUGGUCAAGACAACAGCCAGCUUUGUAUUGUAAUGUUGCUUUAUGUAAAUGUGAUAAAAAAAUGUUUUUGUGAAGUACUUGGAACUAAAUUCUUAUAGCUAUUUUUCAUUCCCAGUACCUUUUUGUUUUACUUCUCUAGCCUUUUUCAUAAUUUCAAAAAAUUGGCUUAGUGUCCUUUAUUUUAUGAGCUACCUUGUUUCAGAAGCUUAUUUGAGGCAAGGAUUAUCUAUUUCUGACCAUCUUGUGUUUCAUUCCAUUUGGUAAGUACCAUUUAUCAGAUGUCUGACAUUUCUACACGAACAUUACAGCUUAUUCAAUGUUAUUUCACAACAACGUUAAGCAUUUAAGACUGUCAGGUACAUGUUAAAAACAGCUAUGUUAUCAGUGCAACCUUUCACUUAGCUGCUAACUAAACAAGGCAUUUCUCCACGUAAUGAUUUAUGUAUCAGAUUGGUGUGAGCUAUUAUAAAUCACCUAUUAUAGAGUUGUUUAUUAGAACAUUGUUUUGAGAAGAGUUUUAUGGAAAAUGCAAUACCAUCUGAUACUAUAUAGGUGACAUUUAAAUUUGCUUACCUGAUUGCAAAUAAGCCUCAUCACUUCUAUUGGCACCUAUGCAACCCUGGGAGAAAAAAAUAAAGGGGACUCUACUUGCCCCAAAGUAUACAGCCACACAAGGAGGGAGUAAAAGGGCAUUAAAAUAACAAAGUACACUCCAUUGUUACAAGCUAGAGAAACUAAAGAAAAGAUGCACAUAAAUACUGCAACUGAAAUUGUAUUCUUCUAAAUUAAAAGUUCAGCUUUUAUCAACAGUCUACAUAACUACUACUGAGCAGCUCUGAAUCACUACCAGACUCUCACUUUGAGGAUGCUCCUGAACGUGGUUUUCCUUGGACCAUAAAAAGGAUUUGGCGUGGUACUUAAGGUAUUGUUUUGUUAUUGAAAUCUAUGGUUUGUAGCAUUUCUUUUAAAUAAACAGAACAGGUUAAAUCAUUUCAAGAGAAUUAUAACCCAAUAUAUUUUCAAGAAAUCUAGCAAACUGGGUUGUAGUUCAUCUCUAGAGGAAAAUCAGAAGCCCCACUGGCUCCAAAUUGAAGAUUAGAAAGCAGCCUCUUUGUAACUUCUCAAAAAUGCCACAAUAGCAGUUUCUUGCCUGAAAGCAAUGCUGAUUUUCAUAUUCACAUGUUUCAGUGGAGGUUAAGUUUUAACACAGUCCUCCAUAAAAUUUUUCACUGUUAAGUAAAGCAAAAAUAAUGACUGUUUUCUUCAUAUAUGGAGUGAUACCUUAAACUAUCAGCUAGCAUU